UCUUCAACUAAAAAACCAUCUCUUUCUCUUCUCUAAAAAAAACCAUGCAUCCUUGUGAAGUUGCAGGCAUGCAAUACAUUACUCCAAUAAACCACCACUUCACAAACUUCAACCUCCCUCAAAACACACUUGACUCUUUCAUGACCAACUCUGCCACCUUUUUCCCCUCCCAUGCACCUCCUCCACACCCCUUAAAUUUCCAGCACCUCCAUCAAGAACUGCUCACUCCAACUCCAUCAUACUUAUCCACCAACUCCACUUCGGACGACGCAGAUGAUCACCACAAUCAACAUAAUUCUCUAGCCGAUGAAAGGCGGCGCCGCCGCAUGAUAUCCAACCGGGAAUCAGCUCGCCGCUCCCGCAUGCGUAAACAACGUCAACUUGAUGAUCUCUUUGCUCAUGUGGUUCACCUUCGCUCUGCCAAUCACCAGCUUAUUGACGAUCUCAAUCAUGUCAUUAAGGACCAUUCUCGCAUCCUACAAGAAAAUGCCCGGCUCCGUGAAGAAGCCACUAGUCUCGAAAACAAACUCCGGCUUCUUCAAAUUGAUCAUCAGAAUGAUUCUGAGACACAGAGCACUUGAUCAUUGAUGUGUGUUCUUGGUUUAAGUUGUGAUGAUCCUUGUUUUUUCUUCUCUGGUCAGAUUUUAAUCAGAGAUGAGCAUAUGAAUAAUCAUGUUAAAUUAACUAAUGACGAUCAAAUAAUAACUGCUGGAUAUGGAUA